AUGAUUCACAUAAUAUUCUAUGCGGGUGCUGUAUUUUUGACAUAUUUGGAAACUUUGGGAUUCGAUAAAAAUUCGAAACUUUUGAUGGCAGUUCCAAUCUUGAUUUUGCUUGGAAUCACAAUCAAAUCAAAAAUAAAUGACAAUAUUAGAAAUCAGAUGAUUGCUGUGUUUUUAUUUGGUGCAGCUUCAAUUUAUUCACAAUCUAAUUUUCGAACUUCUCUACCAAUUCCAGCAAUUUCUCUAACUAUUUCCAACAUAAUAUAUUUUUUCUCAUAUAAAAGUUUGGUGAAACCAAAUUUUUAUUCGGAGAAAGUCACUAUUUUUUGGACUUUUCUAACAUUUUUGGGGUUUUUCGCAAUUUUGCAAGAUUUAAUUGUGGCAAUUCCAUUUUUGGUUAGUUAGUUCCUAAAUAUAGAAAAUAAUAUAUUUUUCAGACAAUUAUUCUAUUCGCUCUUUUCUUCUCACAUCUUCUACUCAUCACUUCAUCUUCAACAAUUCGAUCUUCGGAUGCGAAAUUCGUCAGAAUUGUUGGAAAUUUUUCGGGAUUUCUUUCAACAUUUCUUUUUGUUUUCAAUAGUUUUCACACACAUUCAAUGUUAAUCCAUCAAAUAUCUCGUUUCUCAUUUUAUUUAUCAAAUUUUUUAAUGUUUACUGCUAACGAACGUGAUUUUUAA